AUGAAGAGCAAUCCCGUGAUCCCCUUCAAACAAGUCAGGAGCUUCGACUUGCUUAAUGGAUCUCGAGAGAGUCCCCAAGAAUACUGUCACAAGUCUAGACGGACCCUGAGGCUCAAGAUGUAUGCCAACUUUCCAGAAGCACCUCAAGAGGAGGAUUCUCUCAGCAAUAGGUUCAAGACGUAUGCCAACUUUCCAAAAGCACCUCAAGAGGGGGCUUCUCUCAGCAAUAGGCUCAAGACGUAUGCCAACUUUCCAGAAGCACCUCAGGAGGAGGCUUCUCUCAGCAAUAGGCUCAAGACGUAUGCCAACUUUCCAGAAGCACCUCAGGAGGAGGCUUCAAUCAGCAAUAGGCUCAAGACCUAUGCCAACUUUCCAGAAGCACCUCACGGGGAGGCUUCUCUCAGCCAUAGGCUCAAGACGUAUGCCAACUUUCCAGAAGCACCUCACGGGGAGGCUUCUCUCAGCCAUAGGCUCAAGACGUAUGCCAACUUUCCAGAAGCACCUCACGGGGAGGCUUCUCUCAGCCAUAGGCUCAAGACGUAUGCCAACUUUCCAGAAGGACCUCAGGAGGAGGCUUCUCUCAGCAAUAGGCCCAAGACGUAUGCCAGCUUUCCAGAAGCACCUCAGGAGGAGGCUUCUCUCAGCAAUAGGCUCAAGACGUAUGCCAACUUUCCAGAAGCACCUCACGGGGAGGCUUCUCUCAGCCAUAGGCAACUCCAGAGAUGCCCCGAGAACCCUGUCCCAAGUCUAGAAGAACACCAACUUCAGCACAGCAACUCGAGGAAUGCUCCGUGUACCCCAAAUCGUCUCGAGAUGAGAGCUGAUUCCCUGGUUAGGCUCAAGACGUAUGCCAACUUUCCAGAAGCACCUCACGGGGAGGCUUCUCUCAGCCAUAGGCUCAAGACGUAUGCCAACUUUCCAGAAGGACCUCAGGAGGAGGCUUCUCUCAGCAAUAGGCCCAAGACGUAUGCCAGCUUUCCAGAAGCACCUCAGGAGGAGGCUUCUCUCAGCAAUAGGCUCAAGACGUAUGCCAACUUUCCAGAAGCACCUCACGGGGAGGCUUCUCUCAGCCAUAGGCUCAAGACGUAUGCCAACUUUCCAGAAGCACCUCACGGGGAGGCUUCUCUCAACCAUAGGCUCAAGACGUAUGCCAACUUUCCAGAAGGACCUCAGGAGGAGGCUUCUCUCAGCAAUAGGCCCAAGACGUAUGCCAGCUUUCCAGAAGCACCUCAGGAGGAGGCUUCUCUCAGCAAUAGGCUCAAGACGUAUGCCAACUUUCCAGAAGCACCUCACGGGGAGGCUUCUCUCAGCCAUAGGCUCAAGACGUAUGCCAACUUUCCAGAAGGACCUCAGGAGGAGGCUUCUCUCAGCAAUAGGCCCAAGACGUAUGCCAGCUUUCCAGAAGCACCUCAGGAGGAGGCUUCUCUCAGCAAUAGGCUCAAGACGUAUGCCAACUUUCCAGAAGCACCUCACGGGGAGGCUUCUCUCAGCCAUAGGCUCAAGACGUAUGCCAACUUUCCAGAAGCACCUCACGGGGAGGCUUCUCUCAACCAUAGGCUCAAGACGUAUGCCAACUUUCCAGAAGCACCUCACGGGGAGGCUUCUCUCAACCAUAGGCUCAAGACGUAUGCCAACUUUCCAGAAGCACCUCAGGAGGAGGCUUCUCUCAGCAAUACGCUCAAGAUGUAUGCCAACUUUCCAGAAGCACCUCAAGAGGAGGAUUCUCUCAGCAAUAGGCUCAAGACGUAUGCCAAGUUUCCAGAAGCACCUCAAGAGGAGGCUUCUCUCAGCAAUAGGCUCAAGAUGUAUGCCAACUUUCCAGAAGCACCUCAAGAGGAGGAUUCUCUCAGCAAUAGGUUCAAGACGUAUGCCAACUUUCCAAAAGCACCUCAAGAGGGGGCUUCUCUCAGCAAUAGGCUCAAGACGUAUGCCAACUUUCCAGAAGCACCUCAGGAGGAGGCUUCUCUCAGCAAUAGGCUCAAGACGUAUGCCAACUUUCCAGAAGCACCUCAGGAGGAGGCUUCAAUCAGCAAUAGGCUCAAGACCUAUGCCAACUUUCCAGAAGCACCUCACGGGGAGGCUUCUCUCAGCCAUAGGCUCAAGACGUAUGCCAACUUUCCAGAAGGACCUCAGGAGGAGGCUUCUCUCAGCAAUAGGCCCAAGACGUAUGCCAGCUUUCCAGAAGCACCUCAGGAGGAGGCUUCUCUCAGCAAUAGGCUCAAGACGUAUGCCAACUUUCCAGAAGCACCUCACGGGGAGGCUUCUCUCAGCCAUAGGCUCAAGACGUAUGCCAACUUUCCAGAAGGACCUCAGGAGGAGGCUUCUCUCAGCAAUAGGCCCAAGACGUAUGCCAGCUUUCCAGAAGCACCUCAGGAGGAGGCUUCUCUCAGCAAUAGGCUCAAGACGUAUGCCAACUUUCCAGAAGCACCUCACGGGGAGGCUUCUCUCAGCCAUAGGCUCAAGACGUAUGCCAACUUUCCAGAAGCACCUCACGGGGAGGCUUCUCUCAACCAUAGGCUCAAGACGUAUGCCAACUUUCCAGAAGCACCUCAGGAGGAGGCUUCUCUCAGCAAUACGCUCAAGAUGUAUGCCAACUUUCCAGAAGCACCUCAAGAGGAGGAUUCUCUCAGCAAUAGGCUCAAGACGUAUGCCAACUUUCCAGAAGCACCUAAAAAGGAGGAUUCUCUCAGCAAUAGGCUCAAGAUGUAUGCCAACUUUCCAGAAGCACCUCAAGAGGAGGAUUCUCUCAGCAAUAGGUUCAAGACGUAUGCCAACUUUCCAAAAGCACCUCAAGAGGGGGCUUCUCUCAGCAAUAGGCUCAAGACGUAUGCCAACUUUCCAGAAGCACCUCAGGAGGAGGCUUCUCUCAGCAAUAGGCUCAAGACGUAUGCCAACUUUCCAGAAGCACCUCACGGGGAGGCUUCUCUCAGCCAUAGGCUCAAGACGUAUGCCAACUUUCCAGAAGGACCUCAGGAGGAGGCUUCUCUCAGCAAUAGGCCCAAGACGUAUGCCAGCUUUCCAGAAGCACCUCAGGAGGAGGCUUCUCUCAGCAAUAGGCUCAAGACGUAUGCCAACUUUCCAGAAGCACCUCACGGGGAGGCUUCUCUCAGCCAUAGGCUCAAGACGUAUGCCAACUUUCCAGAAGCACCUCACGGGGAGGCUUCUCUCAACCAUAGGCUCAAGACGUAUGCCAACUUUCCAGAAGCACCUCAGGAGGAGGCUUCUCUCAGCAAUACGCUCAAGAUGUAUGCCAACUUUCCAGAAGCACCUCAAGAGGAGGAUUCUCUCAGCAAUAGGCUCAAGACGUAUGCCAACUUUCCAGAAGCACCUAAAAAGGAGGAUUCUCUCAGCAAUAGGCUCAAGAUGUAUGCCAACUUUCCAGAAGCACCUCAAGAGGAGGAUUCUCUCAGCAAUAGGUUCAAGACGUAUGCCAACUUUCCAAAAGCACCUCAAGAGGGGGCUUCUCUCAGCAAUAGGCUCAAGACGUAUGCCAACUUUCCAGAAGCACCUCAGGAGGAGGCUUCUCUCAGCAAUAGGCUCAAGACGUAUGCCAACUUUCCAGAAGCACCUCAGGAGGAGGCUUCAAUCAGCAAUAGGCUCAAGACCUAUGCCAACUUUCCAGAAGCACCUCACGGGGAGGCUUCUCUCAGCCAUAGGCUCAAGACGUAUGCCAACUUUCCAGAAGCACCUCACGGGGAGGCUUCUCUCAGCCAUAGGCUCAAGACGUAUGCCAACUUUCCAGAAGGACCUCAGGAGGAGGCUUCUCUCAGCAAUAGGCCCAAGACGUAUGCCAGCUUUCCAGAAGCACCUCAGGAGGAGGCUUCUCUCAGCAAUAGGCUCAAGACGUAUGCCAACUUUCCAGAAGCACCUCACGGGGAGGCUUCUCUCAGCCAUAGGCAACUCCAGAGAUGCCCCGAGAACCCUGUCCCAAGUCUAGAAGAACACCAACUUCAGCACAGCAACUCGAGGAAUGCUCCGUGUACCCCAAAUCGUCUCGAGAUGAGAGCUGAUUCCCUGGUUAGGCUCAAGACGUAUGCCAACUUUCCAGAAGCACCUCACGGGGAGGCUUCUCUCAGCCAUAGGCUCAAGACGUAUGCCAACUUUCCAGAAGCACCUCAGGAGGAGGCUUCUCUCAGCAAUACGCUCAAGACGUAUGCCAACUUUCCAGAAGCACCUCAGGAGGAGGCUUCUCUCAGCAAUAGGCUCAAGACGUAUGCCAACUUUCCAGAAGCACCUCAGGAGGAGGCUUGUCUCAGCAAUAGGCUCAAGACGUAUGCCAACUUUCCAGAAGCACCUCACGGGGAGGCUUCUCUCAGCCAUAGGCUCAAGACGUAUGCCAACUUUCCAGAAGCACCUCAGGAGGAGGCUUCUCUCAGCAAUAGGCUCAAGACGUAUGCCAACUUUCCAGAAGCACCUCAGGAGGAGGCUUGUCUCAGCAAUAGGCUCAAGACGUAUGCCAACUUUCCAGAAGCACCUCAGGAGGAGGCUUCUCUCAGUAAUAGGCUCAAGACGUAUGCCAACUUUCCAGAAGCAACUCAGGAGGAGGCUUCUCUCAGCAAUAGGCUCAAGACGUAUGCCAACUUUCCAGAAGCACCUCAGGAGGAGGCUUCUCUCAGCAAUAGGCUCAAGACGUAUGCCAACUUUCCAGAAGCACCUCAGGAGGAGGCUUCUCUCAGCAAUAGGCUCAAGACGUAUGCCAACUUUCCAGAAGCACCUCAGGAGGAGGCUUCUCUCAGCAAUAGGCUCAAGACGUAUGCCAACUUUCCAGAAGCACCUCAGGAGGAGGCUUCUCUCAGCAAUAGGCUCAAGACGUAUGCCAACUUUCCAGAAGCACCUCAGGAGGAGGCUUCUCUCAGCAAUAGGCUCAAGACGUAUGCCAACUUUCCAGAAGCACCUCAGGAGGAGGCUUCUCUCAGCAAUAGGCUCAAGACGUAUGCCAACUUUCCAGAAGCACCUCAGGAGGAGGCUUCUCUCAGCAAUAGGCUCAAGACGUAUGCCAACUUUCCAGAAGCACCUCAGGAGGAGGCUUCUCUCAGCAAUAGGCUCAAGACGUAUGCCAACUUUCCCGAAGCACCUCAGGAGGAGGCUUCUCUCAGCAAUAGGCUCAAGACGUAUGCCAACUUUCCAGAAGCACCUCAGGAGGAGGCUUCUCUCAGCAAUAGGCUCAAGACGUAUGCCAACUUUCCAGAAGCACCUCAGGAGGAGGCUUCUCUCAGCAAUAGGCUCAAGACGUAUGCCAACUUUCCAGAAGCACCUCAGGAGGAGGGUUCUCUCAGCAAUAGGCUCAAGACGUAUGCCAACUUUCCAGAAGCACCUCAGGAGGAGGCUUCUCUCAGCAAUAGGCUCAAGACGUAUGCCUACAUUCCAGAAGCACCUCAGGAGGAGGCUUCUCUCAGCAAUAGGCUCAAGACGCAUGCCAACUUUCCAGAAGCACCUCAGGAGGAGGCUUCUCUCAGCAAUAGGCUCAAGACGUAUGCCAACUUUCCAGAAGCACCUCAGGAGGAGGCUUCUCUCAGCAAUAGGGUCAAUACGUAUGCCAACUUUCCAGAAGCACCUCAGGAGGAGGCUUCUCUCAGCAAUAGGCUCAAGACGUAUGCCAACUUUCCCGAAGCACCUCAGGAGGAGGCUUCUCUCAGCAAUAGGGUCAAUACGUAUGCCAACUUUCCAGAAGCACCUCAGGAGGAGGCUUCUCUCAGCAAUAGGCUCAAGACGUAUGCCAACUUUCCAGAAGCACCUCAGGAGGAGGCUUCUCUCAGCAAUAGGCUCAAGACGCAUGCCAACUUUCCAGAAGCACCUCAGGAGGAGGCUUCUCUCAGCAAUAGGCUCAAGACGUAUGCCAACUUUCCAGAAGCACCUCAGGAGGAGGCUUCUCUCAGCAAUAGGGUCAAUACGUAUGCCAACUUUCCAGAAGCACCUCAGGAGGAGGCUUCUCUCAGCAAUAGGCUCAAGACGUAUGCCAACUUUCCCGAAUCACCUCGGGAGGAGGCUUCUCUCAGCAAUAGGCUCAAGACGUAUGCCAACUUUCCAGAAGCACCUCAGGAGGAGGCUUCUCUCAGCAAUAGGCUCAAGACGUAUGCCAACUUUCCAGAAGCACCUCAGGAGGAGGCUUCUCUCAGCAAUAGGCUCAAGACGUAUGCCAACUUUCCAGAAGCACCUCAGGAGGAGGCUUCUCUCAGCAAUAGGCUCAAGACGUAUGCCAACUUUCCAGAAGCACCUCAGGAGGAGGCUUCUCUCAGCAAUAGGCUCAAGACGUAUGCCAACUUUCCAGAAGCACCUCAGGAGGAGGCUUCUCUCAGCAAUAGGCUCAAGACGUAUGCCAACUUUCCAGAAGCACCUCAGGAGGAGGCUUCUCUCAGCAAUAGGCUCAAGACGUAUGCCAACUUUCCAGAAGCACCUCAGGAGGAGGCUUCUCUCAGCAAUAGGCUCAAGACGUAUGCCAACUUUCCAGAAGCACCUCAGGAGGAGGCUUCUCUCAGCAAUAGGCUCAAGACGUAUGCCAACUUUCCAGAAGCACCUCAGGAGGAGGCUUCUCUCAGCAAUAGGCUCAAGACGUAUGCCAACUUUCCAGAAGCACCUCAGGAGGAGGCUUCUCUCAGCAAUAGGCUCAAGACGUAUGCCAACUUUCCAGAAGCACCUCAGGAGGAGGCUUCUCUCAGCAAUAGGCUCAAGACGUAUGCCAACUUUCCAGAAGCACCUCAGGAGGAGGCUUCUCUCAGCAAUAGGGUCAAUACGUAUGCCAACUUUCCAGAAGCACCUCAGGAGGAGGCUUCUCUCAGCAAUAGGCUCAAGACGUAUGCCAACUUUCCAGAAGCACCUCAGGAGGAGGCUUCUCUCAGCAAUAGGGUCAAUACGUAUGCCAACUUUCCAGAAGCACCUCAGGAGGAGGCUUCUCUCAGCAAUAGGCUCAAGACGUAUGCCAACUUUCCAGAAGCACCUCAGGAGGAGGCUUCUCUCAGCAAUAGGCUCAAGACGUAUGCCAACUUUCCAGAAGCACCUCAGGAGGAGGCUUCUCUCAGCAAUAGGCUCAAGACGUAUGCCAACUUUCCAGAAGCACCUCAGGAGGAGGCUUCUCUCAGCAAUAGGCUCAAGACGUAUGCCAACUUUCCAGAAGCACCUCAGGAGGAGGCUUCUCUCAGCAAUAGGCUCAAGACGUAUGCCAACUUUCCAGAAGCACCUCAGGAGGAGGCUUCUCUCAGCAAUAGGCUCAAGACGUAUGCCAACUUUCCAGAAGCACCUCAGGAGGAGGCUUCUCUCAGCAAUAGGCUCAAGACGUAUGCCAACUUUCCAGAAGCACCUCAGGAGGAGGCUUCUCUCAGCAAUAGGCUCAAGACGUAUGCCAACUUUCCAGAAGCACCUCAGGAGGAGGCUUCUCUCAGCAAUAGGCUCAAGACGUAUGCCAACUUUCCAGAAGCACCUCAGGAGGAGGCUUCUCUCAGCAAUAGGCUCAAGACGUAUGCCAACUUCCCAGAAGCACCUCAGGAGGAGGCUUCUCUCAGCAAUAGGCUCAAGACGUAUGCCAACUUCCCAGAAGCACCUCAGGAGGAGGCUUCUCUCAGCAAUAGGCUCAAGACGUAUGCCAACUUUCCAGAAGCACCUCAGGAUGAGGCUUCUCUCAGCAAUAGGCUCAAGACGUAUGCCAACUUUCCAGAAGCACCUCAGGAGGAGGCUUCUCUCAGCAAUAGGCUCAAGACGUAUGCCAACUUUCCAGAAGCACCUCAGGAGGAGGCUUCUCUCAGCAAUAGGCUCAAGACGUAUGCCAACUUUCCAGAAGAACCUCAGGAGGAGGCUUCUCUCGGCAAUAGGCUCAAGACGUAUGCCAACUUUCCAGAAGCACCUCAGGAGGAGGCUUCUCUCAGCAAUAGGCUCAAGACGUAUGCCAACUUUCCAGAAGCACCUCAGGAGGAGGCUUCUCUCAGCAAUAGGCUCAAGACGUAUGCCAACUUUCCAGAAGCACCUCAGGAGGAGGCUUCUCUCAGCAAUAGGCUCAAGACGUAUGCCAACUUUCCAGAAGCACCUCAGGAGGAGGCUUCUCUCAGCAAUAGGCUCAAGACGUAUGCCAACUUUCCAGAAGCACCUCAGGAGGAGGCUUCUCUCAGCAAUAGGCUCAAGACGUAUGCCAACUUUCCAGAAGCACCUCAGGAGGAGGCUUCUCUCAGCAAUAGGCUCAAGACGUAUGCCAACUUUCCAGAAGCACCUCAGGAGGAGGCUUCUCUCAGCAAUAGGCUCAAGACGUAUGCCAACUUUCCAGAAGCACCUCAGGAGGAGGCUUCUCUCAGCAAUAGGCUCAAGACGUAUGCCAACUUUCCAGAAGCACCUCAGGAGGAGGCUUCUCUCAGCAAUAGGCUCAAGACGUAUGCCAACUUUCCAGAAGCACCUCAGGAGGAGGCUUCUCUCAGCAAUAGGCUCAAGACGUAUGCCAACUUUCCAGAAGCACCUCAGGAGGAGGCUUCUCUCAGCAAUAGGCUCAAGACGUAUGCCAACUUUCCAGAAGCACCUCAGGAGGAGGCUUCUCUCAGCAAUAGGCUCAAGACGUAUGCCAACUUUCCAGAAGCACCUCAGGAGGAGGCUUCUCUCAGCAAUAGGCUCAAGACGUAUGCCAACUUUCCAGAAGCACCUCAGGAGGAGGCUUCUCUCAGCAAUAGGCUCAAGACGUAUGCCAACUUUCCAGAAGCACCUCAGGAGGAGGCUUCUCUCAGCAAUAGGCUCAAGACGUAUGCCAACUUUCCAGAAGCACCUCAGGAGGAGGCUUCUCUCAGCAAUAGGCUCAAGACGUAUGCCAACUUUCCAGAAGCACCUCAGGAGGAGGCUUCUCUCAGCAAUAGGCUCAAGACGUAUGCCAACUUUCCAGAAGCACCUCAGGAGGAGGCUUCUCUCAGCAAUAGGCUCAAGACGUAUGCCAACUUUCCAGAAGCACCUCAGGAGGAGGCUUCUCUCAGCAAUAGGCUCAAGACGUAUGCCAACUUUCCAGAAGCACCUCAGGAGGAGGCUUCUCUCAGCAAUAGGCUCAAGACGUAUGCCAACUUUCCAGAAGCACCUCAGGAGGAGGCUUCUCUCAGCAAUAGGGUCAAUACGUAUGCCAACUUUCCAGAAGCACCUCAGGAGGAGGCUUCUCUCAGCAAUAGGCUCAAGACGUAUGCCAACUUUCCAGAAGCACCUCAAGAGGAGGCUUCUCUCAGCCAUAGGCUCAAGACGUAUGCCAACUUUCCAGAAGCACCUCAGGAGGAGGCUUCUCUCAGCAAUAGGCUCAAGACGUAUGCCAACUUUCCAGAAGCAACUCAGGAGGAGGCUUCUCUCAGCAAUAGGCUCAAGACGUAUGCCAACUUUCCAGAAGCACCUCAGGAGGAGGCUUCUCUCAGCAAUAGGCUCAAGACGUAUGCCAACUUUCCAGAAGCACCUCAGGAGGAGGCUUCUCUCAGCAAUAGGAAUCCCAAAAUCCCCGUGGCUACUGGAAAGGGUCCUUGGGUGCCCUGCCUCACCUCGAGAAGCGUCCGUUUUGCCCUGCCAAACCUCGAAGAGAUUCCUGAGGUGUCCCUCGUUACUAGACAGGAGUCCUGA